CCGGAAGAGAGCGCUGCCAGGGUGAUGAUGUCACGGCGGGCACCGGCAGGCGCACUGUGGCGCUUCUGGUGCUGCGCUGUGCCGGCUCCGCAAGCAGGCAGAACCGGGACAGCCCGGGCGGUGCCGCAGCGGAGGGCCCACGCAUGCGCGGAGCGGCGUCGAGCACGUUGUGCGGCGCGGAGCGGCUGUUCGGCCCCUCUCGCGAGCAGUAACCGUCCCAACGGCGUGGCGCGCGCUGGGCUUCGCCAGGCGCCUGGCCACCAUGGGCCGCCGAGCGCGCGACCGCAGGCGGCAGCAGCAGCGCCAGGAGCGGGGAGGCGACGGCGGGGACCAAACGGGCUGGGCCGGCGGCUACCCCGAGAUCGUGAAGGAGAACGAGAUGUUCGAGCGGUACUACCGGGAGCUGGGCAUCGUGCCGGCCGGCGAGUGGGACGCCUUCAUGGAGGCGCUGCGGGAGCCGCUGCCCGCCACGCUGCGCAUCACCGGCUACAAGAGCCAUGCUAACGAGAUUCUCCAUUGCUUGAAGAACAAGUAUUUCAAAGAGCUGCAGGACCUAGAGGUAGAUGGCCAAAAAAUUGAAAUACCACAGUCGCUAAGCUGGUAUCCGGAAGAGUUAGCCUGGCACACUAACCUGAGUAGAAAAAUCUUACGCAAAUCACCAGAACUGGAAAAGUUUCAUCAGUUUCUGGUUAGCGAGACAGAAUGUGGAAAUAUCAGUCGUCAAGAAGCUGUUAGUAUGAUCCCACCUCUGCUGCUUAAUGUUAACCCUCAUCAUAAGAUUCUGGAUAUGUGUGCUGCACCUGGAUCUAAGACUGCACAACUUAUUGAAAUGUUACAUGCAGACAUGAAUGUUCCUUUUCCCAAGGGUUUUGUAAUUGCUAAUGAUGUUGACAACAAGCGUUGCUAUUUGCUGGUUCAUCAAGCUAAGAGGUUAAACAGUCCCUGUAUCAUGGUGGUAAAUCAUGAUGCCUCAAGCAUCCCUAAUCUACAAAUAGACAUUGAUGGAAGAAAAGAGGUCCUCUUCUAUGACAGGAUUUUGUGUGAUGUCCCCUGCAGUGGAGAUGGAACCAUGAGGAAAAAUAUUGAUGUAUGGAAGAAGUGGACUACACAAAAUAGUUUGCAGCUCCAUGGAUUGCAGUUAAGAAUUGCAACCCGUGGUGUGGAACAACUUGCAGAAGGUGGGAGAAUGGUAUAUUCUACAUGUUCACUGAAUCCUAUUGAAAAUGAAGCCGUGAUUGCAUCUCUGCUGGAGAAGAGUCAAGGUGCCUUAGAACUUGCUGAUGUCUCUUCUGCGUUGCCAGGUUUGAAGAGGAUGCCAGGAAUUACGAAAUGGAAGGUAAUGCUGAAAGAUGGGCAGUGGUUUGAAGAGUGGAAAGAUGUACCUUCUAAUAGACAAACACAAAUACGUCCCACUAUGUUUCCUAUAAAAGAAGAAGAGAAGCUAAAGGCAAUGAAUCUGGAGCGUUGUCUUAGGAUAUUGCCUCAUCACCAGAACACAGGAGGCUUCUUUGUGGCUGUAUUAAUAAAAAAAUCUCCAAUGCCAUGGAAUAAACGCCAGCCUAAGGUUAAUCAGAAAUUACCACAAAGAACAGGAGAUACUGUAGAGACAGCAGCUAAUUCAGAUGAUGGUUCUGAUGACAUCACUGAAGAACCAAUACUUGCGGAAAAUGAAGAGUCUAAGAAAAUGCAAAAAUUGCAGAAUUCAGACACUGAGCAAAACAAAAAGGAAGGCGUGUGUGGACCACCACCAUCUAAAAAAAUGAAGUUGUUUGGUUUUAAAGAAGACCCAUUUGUGUUUCUCCCUGAAGAUGAUCCAUUGUUCCUUCCUAUCCAGAAGUUUUAUGCGUUGGACCCUUCAUUUCCCAAGAUGAAUUUACUAACUCGAACUCAAGAAGGGAAGAAGAGACAGCUGUACAUGGUUUCUAAGGAGAUAAGGAAUGUGCUUCUGAACAACAGUGAGAAGAUGAAGGUUAUUAACACAGGGAUAAAAGUCUGGUCUCGUAACAGUGAUGGUGAGCAGUUUGGAUGUGCCUUCAGAUUAGCACAGGAGGGAAUAUAUACUCUAUACCCAUUCAUUCAUGCAAGGAUUAUAAAUGUCUGUAUAGAAGAUGUUAAAAUUCUGCUAACCCAGGAGAAUCCAUUCUUAAGUAAAUUUAGCAGUGAAACACAGAAGAAAGUCAAAGAUAUGGCAAUGGGAAGUAUAGUACUGAAAUAUGACCCUGACCCUGAAAAACCUGAUACUCUUCAGUGUCCCAUAGUGCUGUGUGGUUGGCAAGGAAAGACAUCACUCCGUGCCUUUGUGCCCAAGAAUGAGAGACUUCAUUACCUGAGGAUGAUGGGAGUUGAGGUGUUUAAAGCAAAGAGGAAAGAGGAGGAAUCAGAAAGUAAAACGGAGGAAGAAGUUCAGUACAAGCAAGCACAACCAGAAGAAGGAAUGGAUAUGGAAGAUAAAGAACGUGGUUUAGUCACAAAAAUGGAAGCAGAAACAGGUGAAGAACCUUCCCACACUCCUGUGGAAAGCAGUGCUAUGGAAGUAGAAAAUAAAACUGAGGAUUUAGAUCAACUUAGUAAAAAUGCCAACAAUCAUGUAAGCUAGGAAAGCGAAGACUGAUAUAAGUAGCGUGGAUGAUUAAGUUUCUGUCACUUAACAGCUUCCAUGAGGCUCACAUCCAGACUUUUGCCUUUAGCUGGGAAGUUCAUUUUAAAGUUUCAGUUGGAAUAUGAGGCUCUCUUUUUAAAAAACGUUUCACCUAUUUUAUUUUUUAAAAGAAAACUAUGAAGAGAUUUCUCUUCAUGUCUGUCUCGUUUUUACCAUUUUCAGCUCUGUACUACCGGUGGGCUUUUGUGUCUGUUGCUGGCAAUGGACCAUGCACCAGUAAAAUCUGAAGCCUAUCUUGGAAAUGGAAUAAUGAUACCUACAAAUAAAUUGCCUGUCAUACUGUUCUGAAUCUUGUGAAGAAUCUUUUCAGAAUAAAAAACUGGGGUUUCAUUCAAAAAGUACAA